AUGGGGGAGAAGAGGGUGGAGCCGCAGGACUUCCUCAAGAACUUCCAGGAGUACCUGAGCCAGCAGACCCACCAGGUGAACGCGUUGGCCUGGGACCUGGCCGGGCAGGCCCGAGGGAGUCCCCGACUCCCCAGGGAUGCUCUGGACGGGAACUUGGUGCUGAUGCUGGACGACUUGGGAAGGACACUGGAGGGCAAGCUACAGUGCCCGUACUGCGGCUAUGCCAGCCAGAGGACAGAGUGGCUGGGGGGGGAAAACAGAAACCAACCCUUUGCCUCCGCCUACGAGCGCUACAUCGAAGCCCACUUGCGUUCCCACACCGGGGAGAAGCCCUACAAAUGCGAAUGGUGCGCCUACCGCUGCAACUACAAAAGCAACCUGUCCCACCAUCAAAGGCGCAGGCAUAAUCUGUCAUCUCUGACAGGGCCCAAGGCUUCCCUAGGCAGUGUGAGAAUGUGCAGGGACCUGCAGAGUAAAAGCAACGCGCAGGAUGGCAAACAAGGGGUGAUCUUCUCCUUGGAUCCGCCCCCCGUGGUCGUUCAGAAGCCAGACUGCCCGGGUGAGCUCACCCACAAGAUCCCAAACGUCCAGAGUGACUUCUAUGAUGGUAUGGAUAAAACCUCAGCGUGUGGACUGCCGAGGGACCCCCAAGAACCCUUGUUCGUGGACAACCCUUUGAACCAGAUGUCCCCUCUAGUGGGACACCUGUCCAGCUUGUCACCUGAAAACCAACAUCCCACAUCAGCUGACCUAGACUCUAGCCUAGAAGAAAAUCCUUACACGAUCCAACGGCCCUCUGUCCAAGGGAGUUUCACUUCGAGCUCCCCCAUAGUCCUCGAGCCUCCUCUACAGUCAUUCAAUCAGAGGGACUGCAGUGCAUUUGCAGGGCCCAGCAGCCAGCCAGUCGGCCGCACCAGCACCUCCAUCCUUGGAAACAGCCAGCCAAGCACUCCGGCCCCAGCCUUGCCAGUGGGGGGCCCUCAGCUUCUUUACCACUGCCAGCACUGUGACACAUACUUUGCAGAUAACAUCCUUUACACUAUUCACAUGGGAUGCCACGGAUAUGACAACCCGUUCCAGUGUAACAUAUGUGGCUACAAUUGUAAAAACAAGUAUGAUUUUGCCUGUCAUUUUGCAAGAGGCCAACAUAACUAG